GCCACGUAGGUGGAGUCUGGGCGCGCGCUCGAGUACCAUGCACUCGUAUGUCGAAAGUUGACAAACAUCAAGUUGCAAAGUAAAGGAAAUAGGAACAAUGAAGAACGCAGGUGUGAGUCUUGGUGUGCAGGAUUUGCUGUUACUUCAAAUUGCUGUCUUGUCUCUCUUCACCACUGUACUAGGUCAGAGUGAUGGUGGUAGUGUAGUCAUGGCCAUGUACAACAUCAGCGCCCCCGAGGGGUCUAAAGCAGUGCUGCAAUGCUAUAGCCAGCGCAUGGUAUGGACCCAGGACAGACUGAGGGACCGUCAGCGCGUGGUGCAUUGGGAUUUGCGCCGGAGUACCCCAGUCUAUUCAAUGGAGCGUGUCCUGGACAUGUUCUCAGCUGGGGAACAGCGUAUUUAUAAUGCCUAUAACAAGGGGAGAAUCAGCAUGUCCAAGACUGCUUUUAAAGAUGGAAACUUUUCCCUCAUUAUAAAAAAUGUGGCUGCAAGUGACAGAGGCAUCUACUCCUGCAACCUACACCAUCAUUACUGCCAUCUCUUUGAGUCUAUCAGUGUGCAGCUCAAUACCACAAAAUCAGCUCACAAAGAGCGGCGUUUUUGGGAUGGCCAGAAAGCCGUGUAUGUGGUGUUAGUGGGAAGCACAGUGGUGCUACCUUGUGUGAACCGUCGGUCAAUCUGGUUGGAAGGGAACAGCGAGGAGGAGCAGCAGGUUGUUCACUGGGACCGCCAAGCACCAGGAGUUCAACAUGACCAAGCAGAUCGCCUCAUUGAUUUAUAUGCUUCAGGAGAACGGCGCCACUAUGGGCCGCUCUUCAUCCAGCAAAAGAUGAACAUCUCAGUCUCUGCAUUUUCCUAUGGCAACUUCUCACUUAUCAUCUCAAACCUACAACCUACAGAUCAGGGCCUGUACUCAUGCCAUCUGCAUCACCACUACUGUGGCUUGCAUGAGAGACGCAUCUUCCAGCUUACUGUUGGCCCACGUGUCUUGCAGGAGCCCACCGAUCCCCCUCAUGCACUGCCCAAUGAAAACCCUGUAACAAAGGCAGUGGACACGCAGCCUCAUGUCAUCAAUUUCAUUUUGCCGGAGCACCAGGGUCACUUUCUGCAGGAAUUGGGUUAUAUCCUGGCCACACUACUCCUGCUGGCCCUCAUUAUCCUUGCCAUUGUCCUUCUUAUCCACCGAUGGAAGGCACAAGGUAUGGAAUAUAAUCCAGGUGCAGCAAAAAAAGCCAAAAAAGAACAGCAACCUUUUGUGACAUACACGGGCUGUGUAGCUCAGCAAGACCCUGAAGUGAAGACAUGCAAUCAGGAGGAGACAAAAGUUGAGUUUAAAAACAACCUUCUCAAAGAGGUGGAGAUGUCCAAGCUUUGUGUUCCCAAGGUUAUUGACUUAGACAGAGAGAUGGAAAAAUCCUGGAAAUGAGGAAGAAAGUUAACUACUGGCUGGACUAGUGGUGAAUACAAUCAGA